AUGGUCUUCCUUCCUAUUUUAUACCAGCUUUUGCUUGUGAUUCAUGUUUCAGCUGACAAUGGAAAGUGUCCACCAUCUUUCGACUGUGGGUUUCUUGGCCCUAUUAAGUUUCCCUUCACAACCACUAAGCAACCACACUGCGGCUUACUCGCUAUAGAUGGCUGCCAACAACACAAUCCAUCCGCUCCCAAAACCCUCAAACUAACGUCAAAAUCCUAUCCUGUUCUACAGGUUGAACCUCGUUCCAUAGUCAUCACAGAUGACCAACAAGAUCGUUAUUUGUCAACCAAAAAUUGCAAAGCCUUCGCCAACAAUUUUACCCUUCCUCACACCUCUUCCUUAGCUUCUUUCAACAUCAAAUAUAGUAUCACACUCUUCAGAUGCAAUCGCUCCCUCAGGAUCACCCUUCCCAAAUACUAUUAUAAAUACUCAAACUGUUCUCAGUACGACAUCUACUAUGGCCCUCCAAAUACUCAGACUCCUCUCCCCUUCAACUACCCCACCGCUUUAGCACCAUGUUCAACCAUUCAGCUUGCAACACAAGGAAAGUCUACUCAGGACCCCUUUUACUUUCUAUCCGCUAGUAUCGCUAUUCAAGUACGAUUAUCUGAUGCUUGUGAAACCUGUCUUCAACGUCAAGGCCAAUGUUUACUUAACACGGAAGGAAAACCCUAUUGCGCCAACGAGAAUAAAAGUUUGGCGUGGAAAUUUGGACUAGGUAUUGGACUCCCUGGCAUUAUUAUAAUUGGGCUACUCAUUGUAUGGCACCGGAAAGCAAGAUGUGUGCCUGGUAUAUACUCAAAUCCAUACCUAGAGAGUGAGAGUAUCUACAUUGGGGUCCCUGUGUUCAAGUAUAAGGAUCUUGAAAUAGCGACAAAACGUUUUGACCGUUCUAGAGAACUUGGAGAAGGAGGAUUUGGGAUUGUUUACUAUGGAAAACUUAUCGAUGGACGUGAAGUUGCUGUGAAGCGCCUAUAUGAGCACAACUACAGGCGAUUAGAACAAUUCAUGAAUGAAAUCAAGAUCCUCACACACUUACGCCACAAAAAUUUGGUGUCUCUUUAUGGCUGCACGUCACGUCACAGCCGUGAACUAUUGCUCGUGUUUGAAUACAUUUCAAAUGGGACGGUGGCCAGUCACCUCCAUCAUCAUGGAUCAACAAAUCGUAGCUUUUUGCCAUGGCCUAUCCGAAUCAAAGUUGCCAUAGAGACUGCUACUGCGUUGGCCUAUCUUCAUGCUUCUGACAUCAUUCACCGUGAUGUCAAAACAAACAAUAUUCUCCUUGACAACACUUUUUGUGUUAAAGUUGCUGAUUUUGGACUAUCAAGAUUGUUCCCAAAUGAUGUGUCACAUGUUUCCACAGCUCCACAAGGAACCCCGGGCUAUGUUGAUCCAGAAUAUCACCAAUGCUACCAACUCACAAACAAGAGUGAUGUGUAUAGUUUUGGGGUUGUGCUUAUUGAGCUCAUAUCAUCCAUGCCAGCAAUUGAUCUGAACCGGCAUAAGGAUGAAAUAAACUUGGCAGAUCUAGCCAUAAGGAAGAUUCAAAAAAGUGCAAUGGCUCAGUUGGUGGAUACUUCCCUUGGUUUUGAGUCAAAUAGAGAUGUUAAAAGGCAAAUAACAUCAAUGGCAGAAUUGGCUUUUCAGUGCUUGCAACGAGAUAAAGAAUUGAGACCCUCCAUGGAUGAAGUUUUGGAGUUGUUGAAGGCAAUCGAAAGUCACAAGGAUGGAAAUGCACAUGUGGAGGAAGUAAAAGUUGAGGGUGAAGGUCCAUCUUUAGCUGAUGGUGAUGAAGUGGAAUUGUUGAGAAGUAUGAAGGUGUGGCCUUCGCCAAAAGCUGUGGCAGAUGAAUGGGACAGUCAAUCCACUAGUCCUAAUGUCAAUGCUCAGUAACCGUCAAGCCAAAUCUAGUAUGGCACUUGUAAUUUAUUAAACACAAAAUAGAAUCAUGGACUUUGAUAUGUA